GUUGACUGAAUGAAGGACUGGGAAUAUAACAUGGAUGCAGUUCCCUGAGCAGUUUUCCUUCCCAAGUGUGUAUUUCCCAGAUUGGUGACCUGGAUGAUUGACUGAUAAGCAGCAUACACAAGACCAAUAGCAAGAAAACUCUCUGCCUGUUGCUUCUGUGGUUUGAAUAUACUGCUACAGAGCUGCAUCUUCUGAAAUGCAGUUGAAGAAAAUGAGGGAAAUCUUACCAAAAUUGUAUCCUGGACAACUUAGUGAUGGAAAUAAUUCCUUAAGCACCUCCCCAAAACAGUCUUCAGAGGAUAAAACAAAUCCAUCAAAAGGGGAUGAUGACCAGAAUUGCUGUUACCAAGGGACUGAGGCUGAGAAUAAUAAGUUCUCACUAAUAAACUGUAUAAAAUGCGGAAAUGUUCAGAAAUUUUCAAUGCAAGAUAUAGAAAAGCAUAAGAAGCUUGGGUGGACUGAAGACAAGUCUUUCAUCUGCAAGAAAUGCAGUCAUGUUACACCAGCUGCUCUCCAUUUUGUUCCUGAGGGUGCCAGUGCUGCAAACUUUGAAAAACAUGAAAAGCCAUCCCCAAUUAAAAACCAGAAAACUUUUAAGGUAAAGAACUUUCUGCCAGGGAAAUACUACUGUGAUAAAUGCAGAUUUUCAACAAAGGAUCCUUUGCAGUAUAAAAAGCAUGUAAGUCAACACGAUGAAAUUAAAUUUCUUUGUUCCCACUGCAGUUAUGUAUCCUACACCAAAGGAGAAUUCCAGAGGCAUUUGGUGAAACACACUGGAACUUUUCCAUAUCAGUGUGAAUACUGUGACUAUGGUGCUGUUAGACAUGAUUAUAUAGUAAAACAUACAAGAAGAGUACAUGAAAAGCCCACAAAACGGCUAACAAAUGGCACUGCAAACCAUAAGCAGAAGAAGUCCAGCUUGCCAAGUCAAAGCACUUUAUAUCAAAAGCAGAAAUAUGAUAAGAAAAAACCUUUACGAAAUGAAAUUUCAAAUUCAUCUUCAAAUACUGUUUGUGAGGUUCCAGAUAAAUUGACUAAAAUAGUGUGCUUGUCUCAUGAUAUAGAAUGUAGCAUAAAUGCAGCAUCCAACCAGGACAAAACAGUGUUGGAGCCAUCCGAAAUAACUGUAUGUGAGAAUCAAAGUGUGGAAGUUGAGGUGUAUUCUCCCAAAACAGAACCUUUGCAACCUGGGAUGCCUUUAACAGUAAUUGCACCAUCUGAACUUGUAGUUCCCUCUAACUGCUUAGCUCAAAUAGUAGAGAUUAAAAUAGUGAAUGGAGCACGACAGCUGGUCCUCAAACUAAUUCCUAUGAAAGAUGGAACUUCCAAACCUGCAAACUGUGCUGAAGAGGAAGCCGAGAAUCAAGGUAUAGAACGACCUACAGAAGGAAAAAAAUUAUCUUCUGCGUUUCAAAAUGAGUUGCUAACCAUGGAAGUGAAUGUAGACAAAUUAUCCAGUGUUAGUAACCAGUUUACAUCAGAUGGCACAUACAGUAGGAAUUCUGAAUGUUUUUGUACUUCUAGCAGUCAACCCCCAGACUCUAACUCUGCAUCCGCACAGAAGGAAGAUGCAUCAAAAUUAUGCUUUCAUUUGGUGAAAGGCAUUGAUGUCCGUUCCAGUGUUUUAGAACUUUGUUCUCAGUCUCUAGUGACUUCUAGUACUGAAAAAGUAAGUGAUCCUAAAUCCUUAAGGAGAGAAACUGAUGGAAAAAAUAAUUUGCGUUAUGACUUGUACUGUUACGAAGGAAGUCUGGAUGUAUCCUCUUCCAAAUACGCCACUACUUCUGAAGAUAAAAGUUGCAAGAAUGUUUCAGGAAGGGCUGCUCAGGACAGCAAAAAUGCCUCCUCUUCUGCACUCCUUAAGGAAAAGCCUUUGAAGAGUGAAGACAAUGAAUGUAAGAGUCCGCUUGUCAACACUCCAGGUAUAUGUUUAUUUACUACGGAUUUUGAUAACAAAUCUGUUAAAUCUCCUGAAGCAGGAAGAAAUUUUCACGUCACUAAAUCUUCACCUUUGGAGCAUACGAAUGUUAACUUAAGCAAACUGAAGGGAGUUGAUACCAUAAAUCCAAAGAACAAUCUUCUCCUGGAAUCAUUAGAAUUACAGAGAAUGGAAAAUUAUGGCAGCCCUUUCGAGGGACCUGUCAUUUCAUCUGUGUUUUCUCUUAGCUCUGGUACUGAAAAUGUUCCAGAAGGCAUUAGAUGGGAUGAUACAACAUGCAGUAAGAAGUCAGCAACGUUGCUGUGCAGAAAGAUUGCUCAGUUGAUGUCCGCUGCUGAGUCUAACAUGAAAUCUAUGCCUUUGAGAUGCCAAGCCGCUAGCAAAAAGGUGCUUUUGUCUCAGGAAAAUUCAGCAAGCUGUGAGAGAAUUGCCUCUGCUGCUGAGUUGGAACAAUCUGCAUCUUUGCCUCAGCUGCUUGCCGGGAACAGUCUGAUUAGUGGUGAAGAACCCAGUGAAGAACAACUCCUUACAGUUGCCCAAGCAUCUAAAAGCCGGCUGACUAAGAAUUCCCAUGUUGCCACUCCGGUGUUUAUUCCCAAAGGGACAGUGCUGAGAGUGCUGAACGCUGCUAGCGGCCAAAGCACCCCUGGAAUAGAAAGCAGGAGUGAAACAGCAGCUCCUUCUGUGUAUUGCAAUGAAAUGCUGCUGCCUCGGCCGGUGCCUGUCACUGUUUCUGAGAAAGCUGCCGCUUAUUUGCCAUGUUUCUCUUACCAGAGUGAACCCAACGCCCCAGCCCGGAAUAUAUCACUGAGACAAAGACCAAAGCGAGAGGCAAGUGUGAAAAAUAACAGUAAACAAAGUAGCGGCUCGUAUCAAAAGAAUAGCGAUGUGAGUAAGCAAAGCAAGCUCCAUUCAAAGAGUCAGCAAGGACCCAAAAGUAAAGGGAAACAAGCAAGCUUCAGGGAGCUGCCCAGGAGGAAAACAAGAACUCAGUCAGAAACCAGUUCUGGUUCUGAUAUGGCCUAUCUGCUGACAGCAAGACGACUUAGGCUGGUCCCUUUGCGAACGGAUCAGUUGAUAAAAUGCCCUCGUCGUAACCAGCCCGUUGUGGUAUUAAACCAUCCUGAUGUUGACUCGCCAGAGAUAAUUAAUGUCAUGAAGACCAUCAACAAGUAUAAAGGUCACGUCCUGAAAGUAGUUCUCUCGGAACGGACAAGUAGUUGCCUUGGUGUGAAACGUUACCGAAAGCGUCUCACUCUUCAGAAUGCAGAGACAGGAAAUCAAGCAAAAAAGCAGAAUAUGUUAAAAAUGAAACUAAAAAAAACACAUAAAAAUAACUACCAGGUGGUGGAAGCUUCACCAGCUGAAUCCCUUCAGUGUAUGUUUAAGUGCUGGUUUUGUGGAAGGGUAUAUGUGGACCAGGAGGAGUGGAUAAGUCAUGGACAGAGACACUUGAUAGAGGCAACCAAGGGUUGGGAUGUUCUUUCUCUUCCAGCAAAAAACAUCAAGUGAGAGAUUAGUUUAUUUAUGUUAUUUUUAAUGACUGACACUACUUUGUUUGGAAGGGAAGAUGGAAAUAACUCUUUAAUUUUGCCAAAAAGGUAUGUAUUGUUAGCAAAGUGGGAAAUGAGAGCGGAGUUCCAGAGAUAACGAGAAGCCAAUAGUGAGGGCUAAGCACUACUUUGCACUCUCAUAUUUGAAAUAAGUAUUGGAAGACAACUUCAUCUGUUCCCCGAGAGAAAUCUGAAGAUUUGCUAUGCAAACAUCUUUCUAGUUGUCAUUUUCUGUGCUAGGAUACUGUGCUUGUAAUUGGUCUGUGCUAGCUGGGUAUGGAUUGGAAUCUUAGACUCCAAGAUAGGUGUAAAUUUAACUUUUUUAAUUACAACAUAGUGUUUCAGAAAUCAGGCAUACAAGUAUUAAAAAGCACCUUUGAUCCUCUGUGGGCAGCAAGUAUACAUCUAGCUUUAGUGACAAAGUGCCCUGAAAAAGAAACGUAAAUGAAAGUGUCCUGUUGUAGUGGGACAGAAGCUCCUCUGCGGACUUCACUGGUGUGCAGGGUUAUAAAUGAAGAAUCAGUGAAAGCAGUUGCUCCCACUGCGUAAGAUGGCACUGAAAACCCUAAGCGUGUGUAGGGCUUAGUGUGGCCUCUGAGAGAGACAAGGAUCUUGCUGUUUUUUUUGUGCUACCCUUGUUCUGAGCAGACAGAGCCCUAGGUUUCAUCAAACUCGGAAGCUUCUCUUUCCUGGCAGCCUGUGUGGGGCCAGCAGACUGCUCAGAUGCUCGAGGAGCCAAGAGGCAGCCCUAUACCUGCCUCUCGCCCUGUGCUCGUGCAGCCUGCUGGAAACCCUGCUGCAGAAUUGGGCAUUUUGCUAGAUCUCUGCGCAGCAAGUUCACGCUUAGGCACAGGGAGAACUUGCUGAAGUCUCUUCAAGCUGAGAAACCAUGUGGCACAGCUUUUAUGUCGACAGUGUUUAACCGGAUUUCCAGUGUAGUCUCUCAUCCUUCUUUAGAUUAAGGAGUCGGAUAUUUAGAAUGUAUUUUAGGUAGGCCUCAAUUCAUACAAGUAUUUGCCUAGUUACCUGUGUACAUAUGGUGUGUUUACUGAUUGAGUGCAGUGUAAGCAGUUUACUUAGCUGCUUAAGUACUUUUCUAAAUUAGGACUGAAUUUCAAGUUUUUAGUAAAGAAGAAGGAGAGAUGACACUGAAGUCUGAAGUUUCUGUACGUGAGUGUUUUCUUCGUCCUGUUAAUCAUUCUGUUCUAAAAUUAUAUAGAAUGAACUAUAUUGAAUUAAGCACAUACUUGCAAUUAAAUCACUUCUUACAUUUUUACAGAUAACAAUACUCUUAUGCUGGAUAUGUAUUAUAUGUUUGAACUGGAGCUACUCUUUGGAAAAACUUGUAGUUCCUAACUUCUUUUCACUGUUGAUGCAUUUUUGUAAACGAUUUAACUAGGCUGGAAAUAUUUUUUUUAUAUACUCUGGCAGAUUAUACAUUGCUUUUGAUAAAGUAUGUACGGUCUCUGUAUUGAAAUGUAAAUAUUUUAGGACUUUAAAGUACGUCUUCUGAUUGAGGUUUAUUUUACAAAAAGGCGCUUAGAACCAUUUUGCUUCCCAACCAUUUUGCAAUACAGUGUUAAAAUCCUUCAGAUAUUUGGUGCUUUCAGAAGUCAGAUCUGAUACAUCAUUGUGUUCACAUUAAACAUUUUUGUAUCAUUUGUGCCAUGGGGUAGUCUCUUCCACAGAACAAAUUUCCUUUUAUCUGUGUUGUCAGUAAUAAUGAAAUGACAGUUC